CCAGCGCAGAUAUGUGGCCUCAGCAGGGGCCGCAAUGCUUUGUAAGCCCAAGGACUGCAGUUCUCCUUGGGCUUCUGACUGUCUGCAUCUCCCCUCACCUUUCUGAAGGAUCCUCAGAGCCAUUUAGGUCCUUCUCACCUUCUGAAUGGGGUCUAACGCAUUUAGCCAUCCAUAACAAGACAGGGGAUGUGUAUGUUGGUGCGGUAAACUGGAUCUACAAGCUUUCUAGUAACUUGACCAAGUUGAGGAGUCAUAUGACGGGUCCCGUAGUGGACAACGAGAAAUGCUAUCCACCUCCAAGUGUACAGUUAUGCCCCCAUGACCUUUCCCCAAAUAGUAAUGUGAACAAGCUGCUACUAAUAGACUAUUCCCAAAACCGACUCAUUGCUUGUGGAAGCACCUUGCAAGGCAUCUGUCAGUUUCUGCGCCUGGAUGAUCUUUUCAAGCUUGGUGAGCCACACCAACGUAAGGAACACUACCUCUCCAGCGUCAUUGAGUCGGGAACCAUGUCUGGGUUCAUCAUCUCUGAGGGUCAAAUCAGCAAGCUAUUUAUUGGAACUCCCAUUGAUGGUAAAUCAGAAUACUUCCCAACUCUUUCGAGCCGUAAGUUGAUGGCCAAUGUGGAGGAUGCUGGCAUGUUCAGCUUUGCCUACCAGGAUGAGUUUGUCUCAUCCCAGCUGAAGAUCCACUCGGAUACGCUGUCCAUAUUCCCGACGUUCGACAUCUACUACAUAUACAGCUUUAGCAGUGAACAGUUUGUCUACUUCUUGACCUUGCAGCUGGAUACCCAACUUACUUCUCCUGAUGCCAGUGAGGAACCGUUUUUUACCUCGAAGAUCGUACGACUUUGUAUCGAUGAUCCCGAGUUCUACUCCUACGUAGAGUUCCCAAUCGGAUGCACCAAAGACGGCGUAGAGUAUCGACUGAUCCAGGAUGCCUACUUGGCCAAACCCGGAAAGCAACUUGCAAACUCUUUAGGAGUGUCCGAGCAAGAGGACAUAUUGUUUACAGUCUUCUCUCAAGGCCAGAAGAACCGGGCCAAACCCCCAAAAGAGUCAGCACUCUGCCUGUUCACGCUGACGAAAAUAAAAGAGAAGAUUAAGGAAAGAAUUCAGUCGUGCUAUAGAGGAGAGGGCAAGCUGUCUUUGCCCUGGCUGCUCAACAAGGAGCUACCAUGCAUCAACUCGCCUCUCCGGAUCGAUGAUAACUUCUGCGGGAAGGUGCUUAACCAGCCUCUAGGGGGCACCAGCACUAUUGAGGGCAUCCCGCUCUUCAUAGACAAAGACGACGGAAUGACUUCGGUAGCUGCUUACGAUUACCGCGGAAACACUGUGGUUUUUGCAGGAACACGCAACGGCCGAAUGAAAAAGAUAAUCUAUUUGUUUGGUUGA